AUGGAAAUGACCAUCCCCCUCGACCCCUCCCCCCCCCCUCGAUCCCCCUACUCCACCAACCGCGCCCUAAUCCAAGGCCUUACCCUCCCUCCCAAUCCCGACACCUCCAUCCCUCCCUCCCCGCCCCUUUCCCCAACCCUCCUCCCACAAAUCAACUCCCUAACUGCCAAAUUCGACAACUUCCUCAAACUCAAACGGGAGAAAAACAUUCACUUCAACGAACGUAUCGCGCAAUCCCACGGCCUGAGAAACCCAGCAGUGAUGGAGCAGCUGCUGACGUUUGCCGGGAUCGGGACGAGUUUUGACGGGGAUGAUGACGGAGGGAGAGGAACGGAGCAGUAUGCUACCACCCUGAGUAAAGAGCUCUGGGAUCCGCUGACGGGGUUUCCCGGGUGGGCGUACAAGGAUGCGUUGUGGAAGACUCAGAUUAAGACUAGGAAGGAGAGGGAGAGGGGUAGGGGGGAGAGGGUUGAGUUUGUGAGCGCUGGGACAGCAACGGCGGGGGGUGAUAGUGGGGUGUUGCCAGAUUUGAGGACGGGUUUGUCGGGGGAGGAACGGUUUGGGAGGAAGAGGAAGGGGAGGUAUUAA